AAACAGGAAAUUGAUAACAAAACCUUCAUAUUAAGUCAAAACAACUUCUAAAUUGUAAUUACUUUUAGUUAAUAAUACAUUAUGGCAGAAAACUCUUUAAAUAUACUUAUCGGGGUGACUGGAAGUGUUGCUGCAAUAAAACUACCUGUUCUUAUUAAGAGUUUAUUGGAUAUCAACGCAAAAUAUAUUUUUAAGAUUAAUGUUAUAUGCACCGAACACGCAAAACAUUUUAUUAAUGAAAAUGAUUUGACACCAUUUUCUCAUCAUUUGUAUGAUGAUGCUUCGGAGUGGAAAAGUUGGCAAGGCAGAGGAGAUCCUAUAAUACACAUUGAUUUGGGAAAGUGGGCAGACAUGAUGGUAAUUGCACCGUUGGAUGCUAAUACACUAGCUAAAAUAUCUCAGGGUAUAUGUGAUAAUCUGUUAACAUGCACAGUCAGGGCAUGGGAUAUGUCUAAACCAUUGCUAUUCUGUCCUGCAAUGAACACGAGGAUGUGGGAGCAUCCUAUCACAUCUAAACAAAUAGCAGUAUUGCAAGAGUGGGGUCAUGAAGAAAUUCCUCCCAUUGAUAAAAAGCUGAUGUGUGGGGAUAAAGGUGUUGGUGCCAUGGCAGAAGUUGAAACAAUCGUACACAGAAUUAGAAGUAUAGCUGACAAAAUAUUUGAAGAUAGGAAACAAAAACGGACAUAAAAAAUAUAUUACUUAUAAUACAAAUUUUUUAAUUAUGU